ACUGUCUAUGUUCUCCAGAGAGUGUCGCGACGCAUCAUUCAGAUCAAACGCUCAGACGCGCGUCGCAGCAAGAGAGAAUGAUAAUCGACGGAGUUUCUGAGGAAUUCUCGGGUCUUCUGGACCGAGACAGCGAUGUUAUGACCAGCCCGGUCCAACUGUGGUCGUUCUACGGCUGUUCUUCUCCCACAGAAGCGAACCUGUCCCCGAACUCGGACUCGGACCCGGACCAGACCUGGAGCGAUGCGGGAAGCCCGCGGAACUCCGUCAACGAAGAGCGUAAACGGAGUCACUAUCAAGGUGUUCGAGUGAAGAAUACAGUCAAAGAGCUGAUCCUGCAGAAGCGCCAUCACAACAUCCAGACUCAGCAAUAUCAAUUUGAAAGUGAAUAUCCAGCCGUGACUCAUUUGCUGCAGGGAACGAAGAGGCGAGCGGAGAGUCCGACGGACUAUCCGGCGAAACGAGUUCCAGACGGAAACAUUCGGUCUGCAUGUGUUCGCGGUGAGAACUCGCUCUUCGACGCUGAGAUGCUGCAGGACAUCGGUGAGGUGCUGUCCAUCGAGUCCGUGAGCGUGAGCGGAUGCCCAGCGCGUGUGUGUCGUGAGGCUGAGAGUGUGUGUGAUCCAGCUCGGGGUCCGGAGUCUCUUCUGGGCCUGUUCACUGAAGCUGAGAGUGUGUGUCGUGAGCCUCUUCUGCCCCUGUACACUAGCUGCUCUUACACACACUCCAUCCCAGCGCACACACACCAUGUGACCCCAGUCGUCCCAGUGUCCUUCUUCCAGUGGCAGAUCGAGCAGGAGGAGCAGAAACUGGCGGCUCUCAGCGCGGCGGAGCUCAGCGCUCGUGACGGAGACGGAGACACGUUCUUGCACAUCGCAGUGGCUCAGGGCAGGAGAGCUCUGGCUUACGUCCUCGCCAGGAAAAUGGCUGCCAUUGGCAUGCUGGACAUAAAGGAACACAACCAGCAGAGCGCGUUCCAGGUCAGUGUUGCUGCAGAUCAGCACCUGAUCGCACAAGACCUGCUUUCUCUCGGCGCGGAGAUCAACACCCUGGACUCCUGGGGCCGGUCCCCGUUACACGUGUGUGCUGAGAAGGGCCACGCCCCCACGCUGCAGGCCAUCCUGAGAAGCGUGCAGACUAGUGGGAGAGCGCUCGAUGUGGACGUGGUCAACUACGAGGGCCUCACUCCUCUGCACGUGGCGGUGCUGUCCCACAAUGCAGCAGUGCAGGAGCAGUGUGUGUCUCAGAGUCCGGCUCUGCAGCAGAAGAGGAAGAUGCUCAGCGAGUGCAUCGGCACACUGAUGCUCAUGGGCGCCUCGCUGGAGGCCAAGGACCGUAAGAGUGGGCGCUCCGCUGUACAUAUGGCUGCUGAAGAGGCUAACGUCGAGCUCCUGCGCCUGUUCCUGGAUCAGCCCAGCUACUUCUCCGUCAUAAACGCAAAGGCGUUCAGCGGGAACACGGCGCUCCACAUGGCUAGCGCUCUGCAGGGUCGCCAGGCUCAGGUGGAGGCGGUCCGGUUACUAAUGAGACGAGGAGCCGAUCCCAGCGCCAAGAACCUGGAGAACGAGCAGCCGGCCCAACUGGUGCCUGAGGGUCCACUGGGAGAACAGGUGCGUCGGAUCCUGAAAGGUAAAGGAGUGCAGUCCCGCUCCUGAACACCGACCCUUCGCCCCACAGGAAUCGCUGUCAGUCAGGCAGUCCGGAUCAUGUACAGAACCAUUUGCCACUUCAGGCAGAUGUCGGUUGUUUCUAUGAAACAGUUUUAUCAUUGUUCACUACUGAGUAGUAGACGGCACAGGAAAGUGAGAGCAACGGUUCAGAGAAUCUGCCUGGCAAUAGAAGAGGGAUCGUGUAUUGGGGAGGUUAGGGUGGAUUAUUCGUCAAGUAAUAAUGAAAGUCGUAAGAUUCAGUGACUGGCUUAAACAGUGAAUCUUCUUCUCUUGUUCAGUGCAGAUCUGAACUGUUGCUUUUGGUGUGUAAAGGUUUGUAAACUAUAAUCUCCAAACAAUAUAACUAUAUGCGUAUUGUUGUUAUUUUUACUUUCAAGAUUUGCAUGUUAAACAUUAUCAACAGUCUCUAUCGGAGAAGGUAAUCAGUAACUUUAAACCGGUUGGACCAGAAAGUCCUUGAUUGUUGACUUAGGGCGUGUUUCAGCAUGUCACUUUGGGACUUUUUUCCAUGGAUUAUUAACUUUUUUUCGUGAGGUCACGUGAUUCUCUAGAAGUCCUAUAAUUAUUCAGAUUAUUCAGUUUGAUUGUAGCUGUUAUUCUCAGAAUCAACAGUAAAACCUGCAUUAAAAUAUGGUUAAAGGUGUUUCUUUAUGAAAACAGAGAGAUGGCGUGAGUGCAUUAUAACCGCUCGUAUUAAAGCAAUCUGCACGAUGUUUGUGUUUGUGUGGUGAUGGGUAUUAUAGCAGGAGUGGGCUAGUGUUUCCCGCAGGUCACUCGAUAUUCUGUAAAUUUGAUUUUUGUCAACUGUAAUUCAAUCUUAAAUAAAGUUUGGUUUUCCUCUGUUCA